AUGAAGUUUGUCAGGCACUAUUCCCCUCAGGCUCAUGAAUUCUGUGCCAGCAAGGGGAACACCCCCAAACUUAUCGCCUACAAUUCUCUACCCGGCGGCUGGAAUCUGGUGAUUAUGGAUGCCCUUGAUAUUGAUAAUGAUUGCUUUCCGCAACGACCUGGCUCAUAUCGACUGCUCAGUGAGAUAAGUGUUUUGGACCGUCAGCCGCUGAAGGAGACCAUCACCUCUCUCAUCCGGGAGUUACACAAUCACAAUGACGGCUACGUUCAUGGCGACCUUCGAGAUACCAAUUUUGUUGUGCGGGACGACAAACACUUCAUGCUGCUCGAUUUCGAUUGGGCCGGACCGAUCCAGCAGACACAUUAUCCUAUGUAUGUCAAUCGGAAGGAUAUUCGACAGCCUGACAGUGCAUGGGAUGGGCAGAAGAUUGUGGCGGAGCAUGACUUGGAUAUGCUGAAUUAUCUAUUUCAUCCUGAGCAAGAUGUUCGGGAGCCAGCUGCAAAGCGCCGCCAUAUAUUUAGUGAAGGGUCGCUGAUGGUCAUUUGA